AUCCCAUGAAAUUUUCUGAACCUUUCUAUUGUUUCCAACACUCUUUUCCAAUAAUAUUCUGUCUUCACAUUUAUAUAUUGCUGUCAAUUGAAAGACAAUCAGAACUCAAAUAUAUAUGUCAAUGACUAAAAACUGUUAUUUUGCUAAAAAUAACUCUUGACCUUUCUACCUUUCUAAAUCACAACCUUAACAAACUAAACUAUACCAAAUCAAGUACUCUUCCGUUCCAAAGCCAGUAGCAUGGAUGUUAGAAACUUAAAAGCUCCUAUAUACAUAUCAUCAUUUCUCCAAGUUUCCAUUUGAGCCAGCUGCAGAAAAGAACCAGGAAUUCUCCUCACCCUUUUGAACUCUAGUUCUUGAUAAUGGCGUGCCUUGGAUUUCUGGGGAAAACCACCCCGAAAUCAUUUGGGCGUCAUAAUAAAUAUGGAAGGAGAAACAUCCAUCAUCAUCAUCAUCAAUCUAGAUGUUCGGCUGCGGCCGUUGCAGCAGCUGGCUCCAUCUUCACAUCCCUCAACAUGUCUAUCUUCACAUUCCACAAUCGCCUCUUGCGUUGCGUCUCUAGGUUUUUCUGUCUAGCCACCACAUCCAGCGCAACUCCUAGCCAUCGAGCCACCAUGAAACAAGGUUACAAAAAGCUCCAGAAACCCGAGUAUCAGCCUCAUCUGAGAAAGCGUAAUGACAAGAAAAGGACGAUAUUUCUUGAUCUUGAUGAAACAUUGGUGCACUCAACAAUGGAACCACCAAUCCGGGCUAAUGCUGAUUUCAUGGUGAAGAUAAGGAUCGAAGGAGCGGUUAUACCGAUGUUUGUGGUGAAACGGCCAGGAGUUAAUGAGUUUCUUGAAAGGAUCUGUAAGAACUAUCGAGUGGCGAUUUUCACAGCCGGGUUACCAGAAUAUGCUUCACAGAUUUUGGAUAAACUUGACAAGAACCAUGUGAUCUCGCGAAGGCUAUACCGUGAUUCAUGCACAGAAAUGAAUGGAAGAUAUGCUAAAGACUUAUCUUUGGUAACGAAAGAGGACCUCGGGAGUAUUCUGCUAGUUGAUGAUAACCCUUUCUCCUACUCGUUGCAGCCGGAAAAUGGAGUUCCCAUUAUGCGUUUUGUGGAUGACAUGGAAGAUCAAGAACUGAUGAAGCUUGCGGAAUUCUUUGACAGAUGUUAUCAGUAUGAAGAUCUGAGGGAUGCAGCAACAGAGUUUCUAUCUAACAAGCUGAUUUGAUGCACAUAUAUAUGUGAA